UCGCGAAGUCAGCCUGACCGUCCACCGGCCCAGUUACCCCCACGACUCCGUCUUCACCGUCAUGCUGGCCGUCUGGGGACAGAUGGUGGACCACGACAUCACCUCUAUGGCACUGAGCAAAGGCGCGAACAACAGCGCGAUAAAGUGCUGCGGCGACCGCCAGCACCCGGAGUGCUUCCCCGUGGAGUUGGAUGUGGAGGACCCCUUCUACAGCUCACACAACCUCACCUGCAUGGAGUUCGUGCGGGCUGCCCCGGCUACUGGGUGCCGUUUCGGACCCAGAGAGCAACUGAACCAGGCGACAGCAUUUCUUGAUGCAUCCUCCAUAUACGGCUACACGGAGACCAAGACCAGCCGACUGCGGCAUGUAGACGGGCAGCUGAGGAUGCUGAAAGCUGGUGCGAGGGAACUCCUACCUCCUUCAAAGGAUCCCAAUGACGGCUGCAACUCCGUGGAAAUGAUCGCACAGGGCAGAUACUGUUUUGAAUCAGGUGAUGAGCGCGCCAACGAGAACCUGCACCUGACCACGAUGCACCUGAUCUGGGCGCGGCAGCACAACCGCCUGGCGCAGGAGCUGAGCGCCCUCAACCCGGGGUGGUCUGACGAGACCGUGUUUCAGGAGACACGCAGGAUAAUCGCAGCGCAGAUGCAGCACAUUACGUAUACGGAGUUCCUGCCAUCAAUUUUAGGUCACGAUGUGAUGUACGCCCUGGGCCUAAAUGUUCACGAAAAGGGAUAUUCAGACGCGUACGAUCCCACCGUAGAUCCGUCUAUAGCGAACCACUUCGCUUCAGCUGCCUUCAGAUUUGCACACACACUGCUACCGGGUCUUAUCCACGCAGUGGACUCCAGCACGGGAACGAUCAGCUACAUCCACCUGCACGAGAUCCUGUUCAACCCGUUCGCGCUGUACAGCAAGCGCGGCAGCAAGUACGCCAUUAACUCCGGCAUGCACACCCUCGUGCAUACCCCCGACCCACACGUUACUUCUGAGCUGACUGAGCACCUAUUCGAGCGCUCCCCAUUCCUGGAUAUCAUCAGCAACACCACCGUGAAGAAGCAGCCGUGUGGGCUGGACCUGGUGUCUCUGAACAUCCAGCGGGGGAGGGACAACGGCCUGCCCACAUACCCCAACUUCAGAGAAGUCUGUGGCCUCUCCCGACCGCAAACCUUCGACGAUUUGAGGAACAUCUUCGAUGAAUCUAGUUUGAGCAGAAUCGAACAAAUCUAUGAGAGCGUGGACGACAUAGACCUAUACACCGGUGGCCUGGCUGAGCGGCCUCAUGGGCGACUCCUGGGCCCCACCUUCACGUGUCUCAUCGCCGACCAGUUCCUGCGCCUGAAGAUCGGAGACAGGUUCUGGUAUGAGACCAGCGAUCCUGUUAUACAAUUCUCUGAAGAGCAACUAGCAGAGAUCCGGAAGACAACCCUGGCGGGAGUGUUCUGCGCCAACGAGGUCGACUUGGAGUUGGUUCAGCCCCGGAUAAUGGAGGCGGCGAGUCUCACGAAUCCGCUGAUGCAGUGUCAGCUACUGCCGCAGCCCACCUUCGAACCCUGGGCAGACUUAGAGAUCCCGAGGUCUAAGAGAAUGAAGAAAAUUAGAAAUUGAUUUGGUGAGAGAAGAGUGAA